AUGGAAGGGGAGGAGGAAGAUCCGGCAGGAAAUGAAGAAGAGGAUAGGGAACAUAAUUCUAUAAUCCCAAGCCGUGAGGAGUUGACUGAAGAAUUACGAAAUAAAGUCGCAUAUAGUGAGGAAGAAGCUUACAGGUUGUACUGUGACUAUGGGCACCGUAUGGGCUUUAGUGUUCGGAAGGGAAAGCAGUACUACUUUACCGGGACCAAAACCAUCCGUACUAAAGAUUAUUACUGCUCAAAAGAAGGCUUGAAGGAUGAUGAGCAGCUUACUGAAGCAAACUUUAAUAAGCCAGAGACCAGAACUAAUUGCAAAGCGAUGGUCCGUUUUAGGGUUGAUUCUGAAGGUCAAUGGCGAGUUAUUCAAAUAAUUCCUGAACACAAUCAUGAGCUAGUUCGACCAGAAGAGAUACACUUACUGAGAUCAGUGAGGAUUCUUUCAGUUCCGAAAUCUGGUGUGCUGAAUGCAAUGGUGAAUGCUGAAAUCCAAGCAAUGCAUGACAGUUUACAUAUAAAUGAAGAUGGUACAGAAUGCCACAGCCAGCUUAGCAUCCGUAGUUACACACUGCUUGAACCAGAGGAAUGUGAGGCCCUUGUUGGAUAUUUCAAGCGCAGGACAAAUGAACAAGGUAUGUUCUAUUGGGAUGUAGAAGUAGAUCAAGAAGGCCGAAUGACUAAUUUUUUCUGGAGGGAUGGGACAAGCCGGGUUGACUAUGAUAGUUUCGGAGAUGUUGUGAUAUUUGAUACAUCAUAUCACACCAACAAGUAUAAUAUGAUAUGUGCCCCAUUUAUCGGUGUGAAUCACCACCGACAAAAUGUCAUGUUUGGCUGUGCAUUUUUGUUAGAUGAGUCCCUAACAUCCUAUGAAUGGUUAUUUAAGUCAUUCUUGGAGUCUGUGGGUGGUCGUCCUCCUAAAACAAUCUUUACUGAUCAGAAUGAAUUUAUCUCCAAGGCAAUUGAAGAUGUUCUUCCUGGGACACGUCAUUGUCUUUGUCAACGGCUCAUUGAAAAGAACAUGCUGUCCCAUUUAGGCACUAUCAAUGAUUCUGGAACAUGUCAUAGCUUGCUUAUAAAGUGCAUGAGAGGAUGUGAGUCAGAAGCAGAAUUUGAUGAAACAUGGGCGAUGAUGCAUCAUGAGUAUAAUAUGCAGGAACACCCGUGGCUCACUGAUCUGUAUCAGCAAAGGCAUAAAUGGUGCACAGCUCUUCAUAAGGAUGCAUUUGAUGGUGGGAUCGAAUCGAUGGAUAGGAAUGAGGGUUUGAACAAUGUUUUGAGCAACAUCGAUGAUGAAUCAACUUCACUUGCCACUUUUGUUCUUGAGUUGGAUAAAAUUGCAGGUAGUUGGCGUAAAACUGAGUCUUUAGAGGACAUUCAGUGCAACCAGGCUGCUACGGAGUGUACAGUUAAGCAUAACAGAAAUUUGCAACAUGCUGCCGAAGUUUACACACACAAGGUCUAUAAGUAUCUUGAAACAGAUUUUCUAGAUGGAACUGGUGCAACUUCAUAUCAGGAAGUUCAGUGUAAUGAAACAUUGUAUAAGUUUGAGUUCGUUCUGCAAAGUAGUCCAAAUGUUUGGGUAGUUUUCCUUAACACCUCUACCAUGGAGUUGAGCUGUACUUGCAAAAAAUUUGAGACCAUGGGUGUACUUUGUUUACAUGCUCUAAAUGCACUUGGUCUUAAGAAUGUCGAUAGGAUUCCUGAAAGGGCUAUGUGGUUUGUUUAUGAUCUGCUGAUGAAGAGCAAAAGUCAUCAUAAUACAAGAAAACUAAUUCUGGAUGUACUUGAAAACGGAGAAAAAUCACUGGAAAAUAUUUGUGACCUCAAAAGAUUGCAUAUGAAUCCCUUGGGAAAAGAGAAAGAUGGAAAUAGGGUUGAAAAGAGAAAGAAAAAAUCAACUAAGCAAGAGAAACAUUCAAGAAAUGUGAAACAAGUGGUUUUGCCUCAUCAGCCAGCUGACCCAGUUUUUGUCGAUCCCCCAAAUCAAGAUCAAUAUUUUGCUGCAGAAGAUAUUGCAUCAAACUCAUCUGUUGGUAGACCUUACUUCUACCAGGGAUAUCCUGCGACUAUCGUUUCAACAAGUCAGAUUCAGGGGCAUACAAAUAUGCAUUCUGAGCCUCAGUGUGCAUCUCAGGAAUAUUCAGCUUAUGGCGCAGUUCAGCCACCAUCGCAAUUUGGUGGUGGAAGAAAUUUCUGA